AUGGAUGGCAUCAAGAACGUUGUAAUCAUUGGGGCAUCAGCCGGUGGUGCACAGACGGCACGGGCUCUGCAGAAACGCCUUCCCGUCACGCACCGAAUCGUGCUCAUCGAAGCCAACGAAUUCGCCUUUUGGAUUGUCGGUGCCUUGCGUGCUGCAGUGAUGCCGGGGUACGAGAACAAAGUCUUUGCCUCGCUCGAUACAAUCUUUCCUGCAACGUCACGCCAUAUUCUCCUCAAGAAAAUGCGCGUGGUCGAGAUAGCCAGCGAUCAUGUUCGUCUUGACAGAGUUGCUCCAGCACCUUUUGAAUCUGAUCGCAUCGAGGUGGAUGUCGGUAUAAUCAGCACUGGUCUCUGUUACCCGUAUCCUAUGGUACCGUUCAGCCAGAACUGGCAAGAAAGCAUCAACGCCUUUCGUUGCACGCAAGCUGAUAUUGCUGCUGCCAAGAAUGUUGUCAUUCUCGGAGGUGGUGCUGUAGGAGUCGAGUUCGCAGGUGAGGUUAGAGAACUACACCGCGACACACAAAUUACCUUGCUCGAGCGAUCGCCACAAUUACUAAAAGGAUGGCGUGAGCCUCUCCACGCGCAGCUACUCGCUCAGCUUGAGCGCUUGAGCGUAGACGUCCGCCUAAACACAUCCAUUCAAGUGACCGAUGAGUUGCGAGCUUCGGCGUAUCGACUCUUGUCACCAGUACAGCAGCUGGCGGUUUCGGAUGGAACCAAAGUGGACUGCGACUUCCUCUUUAUAGGCACAGGUGGCGGAGCCAACGCCUCUGCGCUGAAUUCUGACGCGUUGACGGACUCUGUUCAAGUAAGGAAAUCCGAGUCACGGUCGACGCCUCCACGAUACGUCGAUGUUGAUCCAAGAACGCUUCGACUCAAGUAUGAACCUCUGCAAGCUCGCUGGUUCUGUGUUGGCGAUGCUGCCAACACAUCCGAUCCCAAAACAUAUUCCGCAGCAGAAGAUCACGCAAGAGUUGUUGCUGAUCAAGUUUUAGGACAAGUACUAAACAUUUCCUCCGGUCUCAAGGAACAUUCGAAAGCCACUUCGUUAAUGUCCGUGUCCCUGGGGACAUCAGGUGGCGCAACUCAAUUAGUGUGGCCGGUGUUUGGAAAGCUGUUCACCUCACUCAUCAAGAGCCGUUCGCUUGGGCUAUCUGCGUUUAAGAAUCGGUACAGCGCAGUCUUUGCUCCUGAUUCAACGUCAGACGCAAGGACCGACGACCUCAGGCCUCUUGCACCAUUCAAGUAG